GGGCGAAAUUCUCACAAGAACUCAAAUAAAUGGCCCGUCAGAUAUCAAAACACAUUUGGGGGGAAUUGAUGAUAGAGAGAGUAAUUGUGUAUUCUCAAAUAUUGAUAAAUGAAGAAAGAAUUAGUGCUCCAGCAGAAGGCAAGGGGGCUGGGGCUUGAGCACCACCAGGGGUCUAUCUGUGCGCGGGCCGGAAUAGCGAGAUACGGUUUUGUGUCCCACCCUCGUGAAAUAAACACAGCUUAGAAGUUCACUUGGUUUCCUCGGAAAUUUCCCCUCACGCCACUGUUCGUCCUGCGGAUCCAACGAGUCGCACCUGAGCAUCACGUGUUCGACCGAUGUAAUGUUUUACGGUUGGGAAUCGGUGACAUUUGUGUUCUGGAUGGACAAACAACAAGGUGUCAGAAGGAGGUUCUUCUUCCUCUUCAUUACUGUCCUCGUCUUCAUCCUCUGCAUCACGGUGAGAACACCCAGGACAGGCAGAAUAAUCCCACCGCCACACAGGGCUCCGUACGCUUGCCCCUUGCAGAUCUCUGAGCGAAGCAUCACCCCGCUCAACAACACCAAGCACUUGCUGGUGUCGGCCUACAUGGACCAGAGAGUGAAUGGCUUGGACGUACGCAUCAUUGGAAUAUUCAAGAGAGACUCCAUCCGAAAACUGCACUGUGUUUUCUGCUGUGCAGGCCAGUUAUCAAGUACAACUCCUGGAACAAUUUUACAACACUCGGACAACUUUGGUUUCCCCUACGUCACUACGGAUGUCAUGUGUCAGAUUCCCCAAAACUGCAACGCCACACAUGUCAAUCUCUUGACUCAGCCAGGAAAGGUCCGGCUAGUUGACCAACCCUGGCUUCCUAUAAGAAAUAAGAGAUCCAAUGGGAAGGAAAAAGAGAAGUUGCCGUUUAACUUCACAGUUUGCAUCUCCAACCUGUUUGGAAACUACAACAACGUGCUUCAGGUUGCACAGACCAUGGAGAUGUACAGGUUACUGGGUGUGGACAGGGUGGUGAUCUAUAACACCAGCUGCGGCCCCGAUCUCGAUCGCCUGCUGCAGAUCUACAGCAAGGAGGGCUUCGUGGAGAUGGUGCCCUGGCCCAUCGACCAGCACCUGAAUCCAUCGCCUGGUUGGCUCUUCUCACAGAGCGGAGGGGACGUGCACUACUUCGGCCAGUUGACCACACUUAAUGAAUGUAUUUACAGAUCCAUGGACCGCUCACGCUACGUGCUGUUGAACGACAUCGACGAGAUCAUAAUGCCUUACAAACACAACAACCUCACAUCUCUGAUGGACGUCCUCCAACAACAGCAUCCAAAUACAGGUGUGUACCUUAUUGAGAACCACAUCUUCCCGAAGAAACAUUUUGAGCCGAGUGGGAGGUUUCACCUGCCUCAGUGGAACGGGGUGCCGGGCGUUAAUAUUCUGGAGCACAUCUACAGGGAGGACCCCGACAGCCAGUCAUACCACCCGCACAAGAUGAUCGUUCAGCCGAGGUUGGUGGAGUGGACUUCAGUGCAUGAAGUGCUCAAGAGUUCUGGACAACAGUUGAAGGUUCCCAUGGACGUUUGUCGAGUCAUUCAUGUCCGAGUGGCUCUGCGUGGGUCGUUGACGCUCAAGCAGCUGAAUGAGGACAAGCGACUGUGGGACUUCCAAGAAAAACUGAUUCCCAGUGUGGACAAGGCGCUGAGGAGAGCUGGGCUGCUGCCCUCAUAGCGGCAAAGCUGAUGUAUUUUGUUUCUGGGGAGGUGAAUUAGUUUGACAGUUUUGGUUGAGUAAACUCAAGCUAAAAAUGCAGCUAAUUUGCAAACAUAUGUCAAAUGCCUUAAUUACUUACAAACUGCGCAUGACUACUUUUCAAUCUUCUUUCAACUUUCAGCAAUGAGCAUUAGGAUCUAAAUCUUCCCUUUCCUGAACUUCUAUUGAUAAAUUAUUUGACAUUUUGGCAGUUUACAUGAGUUCAUCAAAUAAAAUGUCAUGCAGUUCACAGUCUGUCAUAUUUCCCUCUAGUCCCAAUAAUGUUUCUUUAGCUCAGGUAAGUGUUUUGUCAUCUCCCGCCUCCAUUUCUAAAAUUAUAGUAAAUACCAAAUGCUUUAUCUCUAGAUUUGGAUAAAUCUGAAAUCAAGGAGAUUAAUAGCUCUAUGUUUAUGUAGGCAAAUAAUGGAGGAAUCAUCGGGCAGAUUUUCUGUUUUAUUCCUUUUUAUCAUGACGUGUGUAUAUAUAUAUAUAAAAUCGUUGAUGUGUGCAACAUCUUCCAUUUCUCCCACAUGUCACGACAUUGCUCCUCUUGGGUUCCUUUUUUGUGGGUUUUGUUAGGAAUUUAAGUAGAAGUGUACACCUAGUGGUAGAAAUUAUAAUACAUGUAGUAAUGUUUAGUGUGGAAUUGUAGUUUGUGUGAUGUUAGGUAUUAGUUAUUACAUUAGCAUGGUAGAUGAAGUGAAUGGAAUAUGAAUCAAAUAACAAUGUAUAGUCAUGCAAAUCGUAUAAACACUGUACACAUCAACAUUCUGUCACAAUGUGAUGUUAAAACCUGGGGAUGGAUGCUAAUUGCCGUCCUUUAUGGUUUUCCCCCUAUUUUCUCCCCAAAGAGGGUUUUUUGAGAGUUUGUUUCUCCUGUCAGGUAGUAGAGGAGCAACUUGAAAAUAUCUUGAGUAUUGGACCACUCAAACUGUGUUAAACCUUAUGAUGAAGUGUGAUUAUUUAUGGUGUGUUGUAAUUAAAGUGUACUAGUUAUAAGAUGAAGAUAAACUAUGCAUAUGUUAUAUGCACUCAUUGAGGCAUAAAGCCAAAUGUAUCUGCAUUGAAUGUAUUGGAAUGUGAGGGAAAGAUUAGAUAGAGAGGUUUUGGGUUACAGCAGCAGACAAUCCAGGAAUAGACACGUUUGAAGGAGAAGCCAAUAUUCAAAUGCACCCAAAAAACACUCUCCGGGAGUUUUCAAAGGACUAACCCAAGGUGUGAGGGGUCAGGACUUUGACUCAGGUGGAGAGCAAAAGGCAACAGAAACUUCUUUCCAGGUUUGGAAUCUUUUACUAGGAAAAUAAACUAAUGCAAGACAAAGGGUGCACAGGCAAAGGCAGAAUCCACACGCUCUUGUAGAAACAAAAAGGAAGAGAGCCUGGCAACGAAGUAAAAACAAGAUUACCAAAAUCAGCACUGGGAAUUUCAAACUACAAACAUGCACCUCUAGGAAAGACAAAAGAUAACCUGACACAGACAAGUGGGGAACUGAGGCUUAAAUACAGGUGGAGAUGAUUGCAAACUAAACUCAGCUGUGGGGAGAAACGAAGGGUGAGAAACUAGAUACAGGAAGUGCCGUGGUUACAAAAAUGAAAACAAGUUAAUCUUCACUGUCUCUUCAAGUCGUCACACAAGGAAAGAACUGGUAGAAUUUUCCUGCAGUCGCUUUGAUAAGUCACAUUAGACGAGAAUUAUCUAUAUUUUUGUGAAAUAUUUCACUAUUCGCAUUGUCACAUUUUCACUUUGUAAUUUUAUUCCUUUUCACUUUGUUUAGUUAAAUACUUUUGAUUUUUAAAUUUGAGCCAGUUGACUCUUUUGAUUCAUUUUUUCCACCCGGGACGAGAAAAAAGAAGUAAUGCCCCCUCGAGGGUCCAAACGAACAUUUAACAGCCCAAUAUUGUUCGAUUCAUGUCUUUUCCACAUUGUCUCUAGUGUUGGUGGUUCUGUCCUGUGCAUCUCUUUAUAAUGGCCUUCUUACUAUCUGCUAGCAGAAUAUUCAGCAGAUACCUGUCCUCUCACACAACAUCUCCUGUCAUAUUUCCCAGGUAAAGUGUAACGGUAAAACAUGUUAUAACAGUCUUAUGCUAAAAGUGUGAUAAUUGUCUGUAUUAAAGUUUAACGUGUUUAAAGCAGAA